AUGAACGGAAGAAAAGAAUCUAGAAUGAUUAGUGAAGGAGAAAGAGUUGCAAUAAUUGGAUCAGGAAAUUGGGGAACGGUAAUUGCCAGAAUAGUAGGGGACAAUGUAAAGAGACAUAAAGGAUUUGAUUCACAAGUUAGAAUGUGGGUAUAUGAAGAGAUAAUCCAAGGCAGAAAAUUGACAGAGAUAAUUAAUGAAGAUCACGUGAAUGUUAAAUAUCUUCCUGAUUAUAAAAUUCCUGAAAAUGUAGUAGCAAAACCCGAAUUAUUGGACACAAUUGAUAAUGCUACGGUUUUAAUCUUUGUGAUUCCUCAUCAGGCAAAUAUUGAAUUAUUUUUAGUACAUCCUAAAGCCAAGGCAAUAACUUUAAUCAAAGGAUUUGACGUAUCAGAAACCGGUAUUCUGCCAGUAUCAGAGACAAUUAAAGACAAACUUUGUAUACCAGUUUGUACGUUGAGUGGAGCCAAUAUUGCUAAUGAAAUAGCUGCACAGAAUUUUUCAGAGACAACAAUUGGGUGUUCCGUUCUUGAGGAAGGGCAACUAUUUCAAAAAAUAUUUGAAACAGAUUAUUUUCGAGUUGGUAUAAUUGAGGAUGUUACCGGUGUGGAAUUAUGUGGAGCAUUGAAAAAUGUUAUCGCGAUAGGAGCAGGAAUAGUUGAUGGAUUGAAAAUGGGCGAGAAUGCAAAGGCGGCGAUAAUUAGAGUGGGAUUUUUGGAGAUGAAGAAGUUUAUUCAAAUGUUUUAUCAUGGUGUUAAAGAAGAAACGUUUUUUGAGAGUUGUGGAAUUGCCGAUGUGAUUGCUACUUGUUAUGGAGGCAGGAAUAGGAAAGUUGCUGAGGCUCAUGUUUUAACUGGGAAGUCAUUCGAAGAAUUAGAAAAUGAAUUGUUGAAUGGACAAAAAUUACAAGGAACUUUGACUGCAAAAGAAUUAUACAUGGUAUUGAGUCGUAAAAAAUUGGAAAGCGAAUUUAAAUUAUUUACCACAAUUUAUCGAAUCGCUUAUGAAAAUUUACCUCCUGAAAAAAUUGUUCAGGAUAUUUAA